GGACAUGGAAGAAGACCAUGAGGUACCUCUUAUCUUAGGCAGACCUUUUCUAGCCACUGGUAGAGCUUUAAUUGAUGUGCAGCAAGGAAAAUUGAUGCUUAGGGUAGAAAAUGAACAAGUUACUUUUAAUGUCUUUGAUGCCAUGAAAUACCCAUCUGAUAUUGACUCUUGUUUUAUGAUGGAAACAAUUGAUGAAACAAUUAAUGAGAUGUUGCAGGAAGUUUGUCCAGAUCUGUUGGAGGCAUGUGUUGUUCAUUCCAAAGACAUUACUACUGAAAAUGAGGACAUUAGGGAGUAUGCAUUUCAUUUAGAAGCUUGCCCACCGUUCUUGAACUCAAAGGAGCCAAGUAUUCAAGAUUUUAGAGCUAAUAUGCCUCGGCUAAAACCAUCACUAGAAGAACCUCCAAAACUUGAACUCAAGCCUUUACCUGUUCAUUUAAAAUAUGCUUAUUUAGAUGAAGAUCUUUCUUUGCCUGUAAUUAUUUUUUCUUCUUUGACAGGUUUAAUGGAGGAGAAGCUUCUUCGAGUUUUAAGGGAGCACAAAGGAGCAUUUGGGUGGACAAUAACCGACAUAAAAGGAAUUAGCCCCUCAAUUUGCAUGCACAAAAUACUCAUGGAGGAAAGCUACAAACCGAGCAUUCAACCACAAAGGCGUUUAAAUCCACACAUGCAAGAGGUAGUGAAAGCUGAGUGUCACUUUAUGGUACAGGAGGGUAUAGUGCUUGGACACAAAGUUUCUCAAAAAGGCAUUGAAGUUGAUAGAGCAAAGGAAAAACUUAUAAAUGCACCCAUCAUGGUGGCACCAGAUUGGAAUCUACCUUUUGAGCUUAUGUGUGAUGCAAGUGAUAGUGCUGUAGGAGCUGUUUUGGGACAAAGAAAGAACAAAGUUUUUCAAACCAUAUAUUAUGCCAGCCACACCCUUUCAGAAGCUCAAUUGAAUUAUACAACCACAGAAAAGGAACUUUUGGCGGUAGUAUUUGCUUUUGAUAAAUUUCGUUCUUAUUUGAUUGCUAACAAAAUUGUGGUUUAUACUGAUCAUUCUGCUCUUAAGUAUUUGCUUGCAAAGAAAGAUGCAAAACCAAGGUUAAUUAGAUGGAUUCUACUGCUACAAGAAUUUGACCUAGAAAUUAAAGACAAGAAAGGGAUUGAAAAUUCAGUUGCUGAUCAUUUGUCAAGGCUUAAGAAUCCUAGCCAAGAGGUAAGUGCAUGCCCGAUUAGAGAAGAAUUUCCAGAUGAGCAACUGUACACUAUUGAGACUAGUGGCCAAGUUGAGGUUUCAAAUAGAGAAUUGAAAAGGAUUCUAGAAAAAACUGUUAAUUCUUCUAGAAAGGAUUGGUCAUUGAAACUUGAUGAUGCGCUCUGGGCAUAUAGAACAGCUUUUAAAACUCCUAUUGGUAUGUCUCCAUAUAGGGAAAUUAAGGUCCAGAUGGUCAGGUCCUUUCAUGGUGACAAGAAUUUUUCUUAUGGUGUGGUGGAAGUAUCUCACGAUACAAAGGGCACAUUUAAAGUGAAUGGUCAAUUGUUGAAACCCUACAUGGAUGGCGGAUACAACAAGCAUGUGAUGGCCAUUGAGUUACAUAAUCCAACUUGAUCAUCCAAGGACAGUCAAGCUACUGACUAUAAAUAAGCACUUCUUGG